AUGGAGCAGGUGGAGGUCGCAGCCCCUUCAGUCACAGUCCAAUGGACGGCGCAGGGGCCGGCCCGGUGGUGGACGCCGCAAACCCCCUCUAACCCUAGCUUCCUUGCCGAGAGGAGGAGGCGCAGCUGCCAGCGGGAGGAGGAACUGCAGGGAGGUGCGAGGAGGAGGAGCAGCGGGAGGAGGGAGCGGGCGCGGGCGCUGGCCGUGGCCGGCGGGCGGCGACCGGACCUGACCAGCGGCGAGCAGCUCGCAGACGCCGCAGCGCGUGGGAGUCCGUCGCGGCGCUCGCGACUCAUGCUCCUGCGAGUCGAGUCCAGGCCCCAGCGAACGGGAACAAAACAGAAACAAGAGAGGGGUAAUCCUUUGCUUGCUUGGUUGAUCGCUGAUUCGAUCCCAUGGUUACGGUGCGGCUUCUGGCGGAUCCGUUUAGAGACAAAUUGGGGUCCCGUGCGGGGGUAUCCAAAGAUUGCGACUCUUCGUCUCGAACAAUACGGCCUUGCUUACCGAGAUGAUGGGAGGUUUCGGGAAUUUAGCUGCGGUGGGUUGUCACAAGGAAAUGCUUCGUGGAAGCGCGUGGUGGUCGUUUUUGUUGUCCGCCUUGCCGAGGCUCUUAAGCUGCUCUAUAUUUUCCGGGAGUGUUUAUCAGAACAUUGUGAUUCCUUUUGGAUACAAGUUGACUGGUAUGCCAUUAUUCUGGCAGUAUUUUGUUCGCUGGCACGUCAUGAUGACGACGAAGACAGGCUCAAUUUCAAAGGUGGAAACGUGCAUCUUAUAACAACUAAAGAGGGCUGGGAGCAGAAGAUUGCAGAAGCAAACAGAGAUGGGAAAACCGUUGUGGCAAAUUUCAGUGCUUCCUGGUGUGGGCCAUGCCGUGUCAUUGCUCCUGUCUAUGCUGAGAUGUCAAAGACUUAUCCUCAACUCAUGUUCUUGACAAUAGACGUUGAUGACCUGACGGACUUCAGCUCGUCAUGGGACAUCCGCGCAACGCCGACAUUCUUCUUCCUCAAGAACGGGCAGCAGAUCGACAAGCUUGUCGGCGCGAACAAACCUGAGCUCGAGAGGAAAGUGCUAGCAGCCGCUGGUGCCAGUUCGUCCUAG